AUGGUCGCCACUCAUUUCCUCAUGCUUUCUAUGGCCGCUGCCGUUGCUGUAGCUGGACCUUGCAAACCCCAGAGUUCUUCAGUCGUUUUCCCUGAAACAACCCUUACCACCGCGCUCCUUGAGACGACUUCCACUGCACUACUCAGCGAGACGACGCCGUCCGAGCCAACAAGCACUACUAUCAUUGAAUCAUCGAUAACUUCUACCGCCGAAACUGCAACGACCACUGCCGUGACAACCUUGACAUCGGCUGAGACUACCACCGAGGCAGCCGCCACGACUACAGAGGCUACGGCACCUCCACAGGGCGUCACUUGUCUUGCAUCACACGGCCAGUGCUUUGGCGCCCUCAAGAUCGAAUGCGGUUACAUCAUCACAGGGGGCUUCGGUACGCCUUUCCAGUCGACUCUGGACGACUGUGUUGCUGCUUGCAAUGGCAACUCGGGUUGUGCUGGCUUUUCUCACAACGGCGUUAGUUGUUACUUGGUCUCGUCCUUGGGCUAUGCGACUGCGCCCGCAGUUGGCUGGGUGUCUGGUAAGAAGGCGGGUUGUGAUCAGUAG